AGUGCAUUGUCUAGUAGUGGUUGUCUUUGGAUUUGUAUAUACGACCGUAUAGUACACUGACUGAAAGAAAUAUGACAACGGAUCUGCAGAGAGCGUAUUAAUAUGUAAAAUCAAAAAUAAACGUCCCAAUCGACCCCAUAGCUCAAAUACGCAAUAUAUGUUGAUUCUGGGCUAAUAUAAUCCAGCUGUGACCUAGCGAUUUGUUCAAAUUUCAAAUUUAUACAUGACUAAAACUCAUUGCAUUUGAAUAAAAACUUCUUACUUAAAAUGAGAAGCAAUUGGUUUCUGUCAGUUUAAGGACUUGUCAGUUAACAUUCAAACAUUCUAGCACAACAAAUUCAGAUUGCAGUAAUGGGCAGAUUUGUAUAAAUAAAAAAAUGGACGAGUUUUUCAAGAAAUUGAAAAACACAGUUACCUACGACAAUAUUGUUGGAUUAAUUAAAAACGAAAAAAAUAGCACCUUUUCAAAAGAAGAAGAAUCAAGGGUGAUAACAGAAAAUAAUGAAACGAAAAAAAUCGUCGAUUUCGGAGAAUUAACUUCCAAAUUCAAAGGCGACUCGUCCAAGCAUGUGCUACGAAAUUUAAAAAGUCAAUCAAGCAAAAGCGUGAACAAAGCGAAAGGUGGCGUUCUCCUGAAAUCGAGUGAUCAAAACAUGAAUUUGACAGACGAUGAUGACCCUUACGUUAAAAACGACAACAUCUUAGCGUUUUUGGAUUAAAUCUUCAUCUAAAUUUGUUAAUUCGAAUCAGUAUUAAAUCACUACAUAGUACAAAACAAA